CUGGCAGCAUUCAGCUGGGAAUUAGUGUGAGUGAAAAUGUCACUGCAAAAGCUCUUGCGUUAUCAUCUCAUAUGGACACUGGCUGCAUUCCUUGUAGCAGAAAGUGCUAAUGUAUAUUACCGAUACCGUAUGUCAAGAUGCAUCUACAGCUCCUCUAAUAUCAGUGACAUGGUGUAUUUUAACAACUAUUAUUUCAAUAAAUAUCUAUUCAUACAGUUUGACAGCACUCUGGGGAGAUUUGUGGGGUUUAAUGAGUAUGGAAUGAAACUUGCGGAGUCCUGGAACAGUGGCCCUUUAGUGAAGAAAGAAGGAGCUAUUGUAGACUGGUACUGCAAAGGUAAUGCUCAAUUGUUUGACUCCGCUAUCUGUGAGAAAUCAGUGAAACCGAAGGUUAAGCUCAGUUCAGUGACGCAGGCUGGUGGCAAUCAUCCAGCUGUACUGAUGUGCAGCGCAUAUGAAUUUUAUCCUCCACACAUCAAAGUGUCCUGGCUGAGAGAUGGUAAACUGAUGACCUCUGAAGUGACCUCCACAAUGGAGAUGGCUGAUGGAGACUGGUACUACCAGAUUCACUCUGAGCUGGAAUACACUCCUAAAUCUGGAGAGAAGAUCUCCUGUAUGGUGGAGCACGCCAGCUUCAAUAAACCCAUGAUUUAUGACUGGGAUCCGUCUCUCCCAGAGUCUGAGAGGAUUAAAAUUGCUAUUGGAUCCUCUGGUCUGGUGCUGGGAAUCAUCAUAGCAGCUGCUGGACUCAUUUACUACAAGACGAAAUCAACAGGAAGGGUCCUAGUACCUCAUUGAUGAUGGUAGAUUUCUCUAUAAAUGCUAACGUGUGCAACAUGAUUAAUAAGUA